AUGGGCCAGAAGCGGGAGAUCGAAGAGCUGGAGACUCGCUUAGGGCAGUAUCACACGCGGCACCAGAAAGAUCAAAACCGCCGCAUACAGUUUAAGUCUGAGUUUUCUCUAUUACGAAAGCAGAAGGAUGAGAUUUCUCGAGAUCUAGAUCAACGCGAUGGUCGAACGCAAGAGCUGGAACAGGAAGUCGCCAAUCUGCAAGCUGAGAGAGAAUUACAAGACGCCGAGGCAGCCAAAUUAAACAAUGAGCUGGAAGCCACACAUUUUAAGCUCGACAAAUUGCAAGAGAGAAGCCGCGGAUACAAGGAUCACCUCAACAAGGCCAUUGCAGAACAUCAGCAACUCUGGCAGCAAUCCAGAGAGAUCGCUCAAAAAACCAUCGAUAACAUGAGAACGGAGCAUCACGAGGUGGAAGAGAAGUUCAAUUCGAUCAUGGCAGAAAAAACAGCUGCCCAAGACAAGCUGAACGGCAUUUCCAAAGACAGACAAGUACUUCUCCAGGGGGAGGUGGCUACGGCGGCAUCCAAAAUCAAAGACUUGACGUCGGCCCUGAACAAUCUUGAAAGAGAUUUCGAUUUCGAGGCUCAAAGAGCCAGAGAGUUGGAGGUUAAGCUUCUUGAGGGGAGAGACCUAGAAGGUCUGUUGCUCCUGGUCGACGGAAAGGUGGCUCGAAUCUCCGAGAAGAUGGACGACGUGCAAGUAAACUCAGCCCAAAAAGCCGCCAUUCCGGCCGAGGUUACACAAAGGCUGAACGAAAUUGCGGACCAUGUGCAAUCUGCCCCUCGGGUGAACAUUGAAGAUGAGGUUCGGCAAGCUCUGAAAACCUUCCAAGAGGAUAUGAUGCCACGAUUUCUUGAAGAGUUGAAAAUUAUGGUGACUGGCCAGUCCAUCGAGGAGAAACUUCAAGGUCUCCAGAAGAUCUUCCAGAAUCAGUCACUGUCGAUCCAGGCGGAGCGGAAAGACCAGCAAGAGCGAUUGCUGAUGCAGCUCUCAGAGAGGAAAGAGGAAAGCAAAAAACUCGCCCAGAUUCUCCAGUCAAAGGAUGCGGAAGUCGCAAAUAUGACAAACGCUGUUUCUGAGCUCAGUCGGAAGUUACAAGAAGCGAGAAACUCCGCAGAGUCGGCAUCAACUAAGGCGACAACCACGGAGGCAGAGCUUCAAGCGUUACAGCAAAAUCUGUCUAGUAAGGACUGCCAGGUCACAGAAGCCCAGGCUGAGCUUCAACUUCAGCGUGAGGGUCAUGAAAUAAAGGUCCGAGAGCUUCAGGAGAAACUCCGAAUUGUCGAGGAAGACGUCGAUCGACAACGCCAACUUGCCGAAGAGUCCGGGAAAAAUCUCGCAAAAAAUUCGAAGGAUGAUCACACGACAAUGGAAACUCGGCUGAGAAGUUCAGGAAAAUCUUUGCACCAGGCUCAACAGCAGUUAUCCAUGGUCGAGGCGGAGGUUGAACGUCUCAGGGCCUUGGAAAGUGUCUCCAAAGCGUCAAAACUCGAAAAGGAAUUGGAAAAUGCUCGUCAAAGAGUCACCAAUCUCACACUUAAGCUCCGCGAGACGCAGGUUCCGGCUGCUACUACCAACAUUGCUGAUCAGGUAGCUGAACAGCUUGCCUACCUUCAAACACUGAAGGGAGAAGUCAAACAGCUCAGGUCAAAUGGCAACGCAUACGCGGCGGUCAGCAAAGACCUCGCACAAAUUCUCAGCAGACAAGAUGCCACAGGAAGCGACGAUAUCCUGGUCCCUGACAGUCUGGUGGUACCGGAAUCGGAGUUUCCCUUGUUGCCGCCACAAGAUGUAUACGAUCCGCUGAAUGACUUUCAGCCGAGCUCCUCUGACAUCCCACUGAUGCAAAUAAGCAAGCGGACGGUUUUCCGGAGUCCUGUCGAAGAAUUGGAAGACGAAACGCCCGCGCCAUCGAUUGAACAGGAGAAGUACCAGCGAACGGAGGUAACCACUCAGGGGUCCCGCUUAAAGUCGAUUCUUCGUCCACAGAGGACGCCCACUACAAGAACAUCAAAGGCAAGGAACGACGCUAUGGUAGCACGCCACGCCGGACACUCUUCGUACAAUCGACCUGUUCAAAGUGCUCUCAAAUCCAGCCAGGAGGCUGUCUUGGAUGUCAAGGACAACUUUGUGGGUAACCGCAAAGCAAACCUCACUGAUCUGAUUGGCCGUAACGAAUGGGAGAGACUGGAAGGACCAACGAGCUUUGCCGAGCAGCGAGGAAUCAAAAGAACUAGCAAAUCUCAGUCGUGGUCUCGAGGCCCGAAACGGUCGAAACCAUGCUUCACUGAGAACGAAGACAACGUUGAAACCUCACAAUUUACGGGAAGCAAUAUGGGAGACCGCCGUCAAAAUGAGUCGUCAGAGCACAGCAAGAAAGAUGGCAAGAAGGCGCUCCAGGAUGAUGACCAGAUUUCAUACCACUUCCUCCCAAGCGCUUCCAAACCGAACGAGAGCGCAGAACGCGGAGGAAAGUGA